GUUUGACAUGCACCAGAAUAACAUAACGUUUAUUUUGAAAUGUGUCACCGGAAGUACACGCAUAUCCGUCUCGGGUGAAUGACACAGUCAACAGAGCAGAGGACUCAUCAGUGUAGGUUCUUUGACGAUGGCGCCCUCUGCAGUGCUGGUAUCGCUGCUGGUACUUCAGUUUGGAUUUGGACAAAGCUCUCAUAAACAUCAUGAAGAUCAUUAUAUUGACGAGCAGCACAACCCUGAACAUGACAUGAACAUCCUGCUGGGAGAUGAGGACACAGAGGAGAUGAAGACACUCAGCCCAGCAGAACAGAGGAAAAAGAUUAUGGAAAUUGUGAAGCGGAUUGAUACAAACGCUGACAAUCUGCUGAAUGCAGAGGAGAUCACGCUAUGGAUUCAGUACGUCUACAGAAAAUAUGCUCUGGAUGAUGUAAAGGAGCGCUUCCCUGAGUUCGACACUGACAAAGAUGGUGUUGUAACAUGGGAGGAAUACAACAUGGUCACUCAUGACCAGCUCCUUAGUUUUGAUGACGGCGCUGUUCUGGAGGAUCCAGAGCAAGAGUCUCUCAGACACCUCCAACUGAAGGAGAGGAGGCGCUUUGACUUUGCUAAUGUGGACGGCACACCCGGGCUUAAUGUGACAGAGUUUCUUGCCUUCACCCACCCGUCUGAAGUGGAUCACAUGGCCGAUUUUGCCAUUGAAGAUGUGUUGACUGAUUAUGACACCGAUAAAGAUGGACUCAUCAGUCUGAGUGAAUUUAUUGGAGAUGUUCGUGGUGAUGAGGAUUCCCCUUCACAGUGGGAGAUUGAGGAAACAGUGCGGUUUCAAGAUAUCUACGAUCAAGAUAAGGAUGGCCAGUUGAAUCGAGACGAGCAGCUCCGCUGGGUUGCGCCUAAUAGCUACGGCUCAGCAAGAGAGGAGGCUCUUCACCUCGUAAAGGAAAUGGACCACGAUGGAGACGGGCUGAUCUCAGAGGCUGAAGUUUUGAAAAAUGAAGAAACAUUCAUGAACAGUGAAGUGACGGACUACGGCAGACAGCUGCACGUAUCACAUGAUGAACUAUAACUAUACUUUAUGUUUUUUCUCAUUUGUUUCCAUGAAGAUGUAAUGCUGUUUAUUUCCUGUGUUGUACUUCGACAUCAGUCAGUCAUAGGAUUUAUGCCAUUGUCGAUCUGCAAUCAUUUGCAACAUUGCGUGACUUGGACAAAAGAACAGGAAAGCAUAUAUUGCAACACAAAAUCGGAAGCUUCAUAAACUAGUAUGUGUUGCAGGGCUGUUUGAUUGGAUUGCAUAAUAUUGUGAGCUAUUCCUUUUAUUGUAUCCACUCUACAUGCACAUACUCCUGAAGAACAGGGAGGUUCAACUGAAGAUAUGAUUGUAACCACUUGGAGUUUGUUUUGAUUACAUUUAUACAACAGGUUAGCUGUGUAUCAUCAUUAGUUGUCCUUUCACAUGUGCCAAAAGUGAACUGACAGGAGUAUCAGUCCAGCUGUGGUAACUGCUGACAUGUUGCAGCUCUUCCUCAUUUAAAUCAAAUGAGCAAGUGAGCAAGUGUUGCUGUUUGCUGGUUUCCUGAAUGUGUCAUGAUCCGUUUCAAUUGCACCGAGCAACAGCCUGUUACACUGCUUGUCGUUACAAAGGGACUUCAAGUUAGAGUGGAUUCUCCAACAGGGACUAAUUUUAACCACUUCCAAAGAUGACGGUACAAUUUAAAGAUGCCUUUUGGGUGAGUCAGUGGGAUUCUACUAAUCUACUACUUUUUUAUGUUUAUGUUCAGAGCUCAAGUUGACAAUGAAUUAUUAUUACUGAGCCGUGAAGUCAGUGUUGUAUUCGGUAUGUUCACUGGAGUUUUGAGGUAAUAUCUGUAGUGUACCUUUAUACUGCUACUGUAUUUAUGCUUUUUGUAUGGACAGUAUCCAUGGUACCAUGCACUAGUAAUGUAUUUAGUUAUCUGCUUCGUUGACUACAGUUAGCUAAACACUCUAUCCUGUCUCUAGACUUAUAAUCUUCUUUGAUUUAUUUCCUUUUUCUCAUUUUGAAACUCACUGAACUUGUACUGAAUUGUUGCUUGGAUUAAAACAUUAACUAUAUAUAUAUA